GAAGUAAUAAUGGCUCCAUAUCGGUUUCACUUUUCUGUAGAGUAUGUUGUCAUAGCAGUUAUUUGUUUUUUGACAGAAAAGGGGACAGGAUGUACUGAGGAAGGCCAGCUUCUUGUACAUCUGUCAACAUGCACUGAUUCCCUUUGGCUUAUCAGUAACUUACUCUGUAGCAAACAAACAAGAGGUGAUUGGCUGUUUGGAAGAAGGUGGGAUGGCGUUGGUAUCAUUGCGUUUCUGAUGGUGAUUUGUUUGUGUUGGGGGAUUUCUUAGUGUGCGUGGUUUGUUGUAAUGAGGUGUAGUGGAAUGACAUUACACAUUGCUUAUCUUUGAUAAAAGUCAUUGGACUGGAUCUUCUUUUUUCAUCCUCUUUCUCAGAGCCUGACAUAUAGGCGGCUCCUCCGGGCAUGCUCCUUAAGCCAAAGUAUGGCCGCUUUCGCAACGAGUCUGUGACCUCCUCCGACGACCUGAUGCAGAGCUUAGCAAUGAGCGGCAAAGUUGUGGCCACACCGGUGGUCUCCUCCUCCGCCACGAGCCUUCCUCUGCCUCCCUUGCCUCCUCUGCCUCCCCUGGAUCACAGUGCCAGAUCAUCAUCCUCUGCUGGGGCUGCAGCCCUGGCUGACUCUCCUUGCCUGGAUGGGGAACAGGAUGCCACCACAACCUUCUGCAUGCUCAUCCCUAGGAUGCCCCAGUGGAAGUUCUCCAACUCCCUGCUUAGCCGGAGCCCGUCCAACUCCAGCUCCAGCUCCAGCUCCAGCAAGGACUCAGGGAAGGCAGCAACAGCUCCUUCCCAGGCCUCAGUCUCGCAUAGUUCAUCACCACACAGGCACGGUGGUGUGACCUCAGCCAGUGGCCCGGUGGCAAGUCUCGCAGCGGUGCUUAACUCCUGUGACCCUGUGUGUGUCACCCCCUGUUCUCUGCAGGCCAUUCGAGGGCAGAGAGCAGUUGCAGCGGCAAACUCGGCCAGUCAAGGGGGGCACGGAUUUGGGGCCACAGAGGCCAUGGCGAGCCCUGGGGGAUCCAGCAGCUCCCGGUCAGGAAUGAACCGCAGGACAAGGGUAGAAGGCAUGUGGCUGGAGGGAGAGGACUUCACCCAGAAGGGUAGCUUCAUCCACAAACCCUCUCAAGGCUGGCUGCACCCUGACAAGAAGAUUGCAGGACCAGGGGCUUCUUAUAUUGUCAGGUACAUGGGCUGCAUUGAAGUAUUGAAGUCAAUGCGCUCCCUGGACUUCAACACACGGACUCAGGUGACAAGGGAAGCCAUCAACAGGCUGUGUGACACUGUGCCAGGUGGAAAGGGAGCUUGGAGGAAGAAGGCACAGAACAAAGCUCUCCAAUCCGUUAUGGGGAAGAGUAACCUGCGAUUUGCAGGCAUGAGUAUUGCAGUCAAUAUUUCCACAGAUGGCCUUGGUCUGCUUAUUCCUACCACACGACAGGUGAUAGCACACCAUCCCAUGCAGUCCAUCUCAUUUGCUUCGGGGGGAGACACAGACACGCCUGAUUAUGUUGCGUAUGUGGCCAAAGAUCCAGUGAAUCAGAGAGCAUGUCACAUCCUGGAGUGCUCAGACGGUUUAGCCCAGAGUGUCAUCAGUACCAUCGGCCAAGCCUUCGAGCUGCAGUUCAAACAGUACCUGCACAGUCCUCCCAAAACCAUGGCGUCUAUGGAGAGGUCUGUCAGGACAGAAGAGCCGAUGUGGGGGGACGAUGAGGACUUCUCUGAGCAUGAUUACUACAACAGCAUCCCAGGGAAGGAGCCUCCUGUUGGGGGAGUGGUGGACUCCAGGCUUAGGCCCAGCGGAGCCCUGCUGGGUCACAUCCACACACAACCACAGAGCAAGACAGCAGCACAGAUGGGUUCACCAGCGAGGAGGGAGCAAGCGUCUUAUCCCCCUGGUCAGCUGUGCUAUGAACUGCACUGGGACACUGAGACGACCAGCAGCUCAGGUCUGACAUCAGAUGGUUACCUGUGUGCUGACGGCCAGCCACCAGGCAGCAGAGAUUACGAGGAGCAUCAGUACGUUAACACCCAGAGUCUGGAAAACCUGGAUUCACUGGCACAGGGGCCUAAUGGACGCAAAGGGCCCAGGGGACCCGACAGUCCCAAAAAGGACCUCUUUGACAUGAGGCCCUUUGAGGACGCCCUGAAGCUCCACGAGGCCUGUGGAGCUGUUGGGGCUGCAGCUGGAGGGGGAGGUGUCCGGGUCCUGGAGGACCAGUGGCCCAGCCCUCCACGCCGUCGUGCCCCCGUGGCACCAAACGAGGAGCAGCUCCGCAGGGAGACGUGGUACCACAGCCGCAUGAGCAGGCGAGACGCAGAGAAAAUCCUGGUCCGAGAUGGAGAUUUCCUUGUCAGGGAGAGCACUACCAACCCAGGACAGUAUGUGCUAACCGGCAUGCAUUGUGGCCUGCCCAAACACCUACUGCUGGUGGACCCAGAGGGAGUGGUCCGAACCAAAGACAUGUUAUUUGAGAGCAUAAGCCACCUUAUCUCCUACCACCUUAAGAAUGAGCUGCCUAUUGUAGCAGCAGAGAGUGAGCUCCACCUCAAACAGGUGGUCAGGAGGAAACAGUGAGCCACCUGGCCCCGCAUGGGAUGCUGGAUUCUUUCUUUUUUUUUUUCAAGAUUAUUUUUUGGGGGCUUUUCCCUUUUAUUAUGAAGUGACAGUGGAUAAACAUGAAAGGGGGAGAGAGAUGGGGGAUGACACGCAGCAAAGGGCUGCAGGACUCAGCCAACGUGGGGCGAACGCUCUUACCGGGUCAGCUAGAGGCUGCCCUUCACAGCUGGAUUCUUGAGUUCCCAUGCAAAAACCACAGAAAAUAAACAAACAUGGAAAUAAUUUAUCGCGGACGGAUAUUUAUAAGGAACAAAGGUCAUCACUGAUACUUUCUUUCCAUGAACAAUUCAGCUAAGGAGAGUGGGGCAUCUACUUUCUCUGCCUUUGCCUACCAGGAUCAACCAAACUAUCCACCACCUGUCAUAAACUCCUCAGCAUGCAGCUAUUAAGCUAACAAAUCAACGAGAAUACACAUUUUGACUAAUUUUAGAGCCGAAAGAGUUGUCAAACCAAGGUCAAAAAUUAAAGCGACGACUGUUUGAAGAGGACCCAACUUCGGGACAUCAAAUAUUAAUUUGAUGCGCAGAGUCCUACAAUGCCUGUAAUAGUGAAGUGCUUCCACUGUACCAUGGCUUGCCCGACCAGUCAGUCACAGGUCAUCCACCGAACAAAUGGACAUGACCAGAACAACACUGUGUUAUAAUCUGGUAGACACUGUAUAAAAAAACAACGUGUCAGGUUACCCAGUAGUUAAUUUCUGUGUAAAUGCAAGAAAUGAAAAUACUGUGAUCAUUUCAUUUGAAUGUAAAGGUUGUUGUUACAUGUGAGUACCUGACUCUGAGAUGGCACAAUGAAAACACACUGAGCAUGAUUCAGUGCUGGAUUUAUGAAAUAGCCACACAUACUUCUGCCUUUUUUUUCUCCAUGAUAAUCGAGGCACCAAAUCUCACUUUGAAAAAAGAAAAAAUGCAUCCAUACUAUCUUCAUACAGUAUAGACAGCCAAGUGGACCUACAGUAAAGUUUUAUCACAUUUAUCAGUAAUAUCAGUCAUUUGCAUUGUGUUUGUAAGGGCUGUUCAUAAUUUGUUAAAGACUGUAUGUGUUAUAUAAGCCUGUGAACAUUAUUGGUCGGACUCUACGCAAAGUAAUACUACAUGGGUUUAAAACUCUGCAUACAAACUCAGUAUAUCCAUGCCUGUAUUUCCACAGCCCCUCCAACUUCAGUGCCUUAAUAACUACAGAGACAGGCAUUUGUGUCAGUGUAUAUAAUGUGCAUUUAUGCUCCUGAACACUAGUUUUUUUGCCAUGCCAAUGAAUGACUGAACAAACUUCAGGAUGAUUAAGCUCUUAUACUUGUGAACAGUCAUGUAAGCUGCUCUUGUUUUGGGGGUAAAUGUUUAAUACUGUCUUGUUGUUUAAUGACUGUUAUUGUCUUUAUGUGUCCCUCAUAACAAUAACAAACCAUAGAUGGAACUCCUCUACAGUGAUUGAUAUAAAAGAAAGGGGAUUUGGACUUGAAAUUAAUUCCUUUAUAUGUCAGGGAAAUGCAUCGCUUUAUCGAUUGUCCUCAUCCCACGUCAGGCCCUCCACUGUUCUUGGAUGCAGCCUCAUGAAUGCACAGAGAGACGAGGCGCGCUACGAGGCUUUUGGUGAGGUCCAAAUGAUUAAUGUGAUUAUUUCAGAUCUCCCCUUUUGCUUUCUCAGGAAUUUAUUGGAUCUGCUCUUCUCUGAUUAACUUUAAUGGCUCUUUGUCAAUAAAACUAAUUGAAAAGAGGGUACAAUUCAAA